AUGAAUUUACAGCAGUUCGAUGGUGCCAUUUCUUUCACCAUUCAUUCAAAAGACCCCCCAGGCUUCAAAGAAUUUCUCCAAAACAUUAAACCGUACAAGAACAAAGGAGAUGGUUUUCUCAAAGAUUUUUGGGAGCAAGCAUUUGACUGUUCCCUUCCCAAUCCUGGCAUACCAACAGAAAACAGUUGUAUGGGAGAGGAAAGUCUUGAGAGUCUUCCUGAUGCUCUCUUUGAAAUGCACAUGACGGGCCACAGCUACAGCAUCUACAAUGCUGUGUAUAGUGUAGCACAUACACUGCAUGUUAUUGACACAUCUAGAUCCAAUCACAAAGCAAUAUUGGCUAGCAAAAAAAUUGAACUUCAGCAUCUCAAGCCUUGGCAGCUCUACCCAUUUCUUCAAGGCAUUUCUUUUAACAACUCAGUUGGAGAAGCAAUGUUCUUCAAUGACGAAAGGGAAGUAGAAGGAGGAUUUGACAUUGUGAACAUAGUCACAUAUAAAAACAGGUCAUUCCAGAGAGUGAAAGCUGGAAGUGUGCAUCCCAAAGACCUCGGAGGAAAACAAUUCAUCAUUAAUGAAGAUAUAAUAAUGUGGCACAGAACAUUUAACCAGAUGCUUCCUGUUUCUGUGUGUAAUGACUACUGCCCCCCUGGUUAUCAGAAGAAAAAGAAGGAAGGGGAUAAAUUUUGCUGCUAUGACUGUGAGCAAUGCCCUGAUGGGAAGAUUUCAAACCAGAUUGACACGAGCUACUGUUUGAACUGCCCAAAACAUCAAUAUUCCAACAUGAAGAGAGACGGAUGCAACCCAAAAAUAAAAAGCUUUCUGUCUUAUGAAGAACCUUUAGGGAUCAGUUUAGCCUCCCUUGCUAUUUCUUUUUCCUUGAUUACAGUGUGGGUGUUGGGGAUCUUUAUUAAGUACAGAGAUACCCCCAUUGUCAAAGCCAACAACAGGGACCUCACCUACACUCUCCUCAUCUCCCUCCUGCUCUGCUUCCUCUCAUCUUUGAUGUUCCUGGGCAAACCUGGAAAAGUGACCUGUCUUCUUCGUCAACCAUCUUUUGGCAUCGUUUUCUCAGUGGCUGUUUCUUGUUUGCUGGCAAAGACUACCAUUGUUUCUUUAGCAUUCAUGGCCACAAAGCCCGGAUCCAGAAUGAAGAAAUGGGUGGGUGGGAACCUGUCCAACUCUAUUGUCCUUUCCUCUUCCCUAAUUCAAGCCAGUAUUUGUACUAUGUGGUUAGCAACUUCUCCCCCUUUCCCUGAUUUAGACAUGCUCACAGUAACAGAAGAGAUCAUUCUGCAAUGUAAUGAAGGGUCAGUCACCAUGUUUUACUGUGUCCUUGGCUACAUGGGCCUCCUAGCCAUUGCUAGUUUCGUUGUGGCAUUCCUAGCCCGCAAGUUACCUGAUAGUUUUAAUGAAGCCAAGUUCAUUACCUUCAGUAUGUUGGCAUUUUGCAGUGUGUGGGUUUCAUUCCUUCCAACUUACCUGAGUACAAGAGGGAAAUACAUGGUGGCUGUGGAGAUUUUCUCCAUUUUGGCCUCCAGUGCUGGUUUACUGGGUUGCAUAUUUUCACCAAAAUGCUACAUAAUUUUGUUCAGGCCAGAGCCUAACAGCAAGGAGCAACUAAGGAAAAGAUAA